CGGCCGACGACGACGACGAUGAUGAGUGGCAGCUCGUGAUCUGCAUCUCCUUUUCGUAUAUAUAUGCACUCGCGUACACGCCCGGGCCGUGCACCGUGCUCCUGCCAACCGAACCGAUCGACAUGGCUGCAGCUGUCUCCAUGAAGCUCUCGCUCGCCUUCGUCCUCCUCCUCUCCGGGCUCGUCGUGUUCGGCGAGCAGGUUGCUGCGGCCAGGAAGAGCAGGGUGGACUGCUCGCUGGUCCGGUGCAUCCAGGGCGGGUACAUCACCUGCGACAACUACCCUUACCAGAAGCUGGAGGGCUGCAUCUGCGACUGCGCGCCCAGGAACGGCAAGAACUGCAAGCUCCACCUCCAGUCCGGCUCCACCCAAGAUUGCGGCAAGGAGGAAUGAUAGCUAUGCAGCCGAGCUAUGCGCUCGCCAUGCAUGCGCAUGCCUCCAUGUAAUAAGUUUCAUGCUUAGAGUGUCUGGCUAGAAUAAGUUGCUGACUUGCUGUCCAAUAAGAUGUACUGAAACGAGGCUGCGGCCCCUCUGCGCCUGCUGGCUGUCGAUCUGCGUGUCUUGUAUCUACGUACGUCGGAGUUGUUGCAUUUCAGCGAAAAGUUGAACAAGAACAGACGCAUCUUGCUUAGAAUA